UGCAGAAAUGUUUUAUUUAUAUAAUACUCAUAAUAUAGGAUGAUAGUCAAUACCUGCAGUAAUGAAAAUCUCGUUGAUGAAAAUGUACUCAUUGUAAAAAUGUUUACCUGUUAUUAGUAUAAUUUUUUUCUUUUUAAAAAUAUGAUGGAAAACUAAAACAUUCUUGAAAACAGAUCAAAAUGUCACUGAUAACGCAAUCCAAGAAGAUUCUUGAGUGUUGUGUGCAUUCUCGUAAUGUUGUAUACACGGUGCUUUUGAAACCUUGGCAGAGAUCUUUAUCUAACAUCACCUAUGGGGCACCACCUCCAAGUUUUAAAGAUAUUGAAUUGCCUGAACAAAGGAAGCUUACUGUCAUACCAAAAAUACCUCCAUAUUAUGUUAAUAUGAAACCACCAAGACUUCGUUUGUCUCAUGAUAAUGAUCUCAGAGGACCAGAGCGUGUUAAUAAUACACUUUUGCACAAACAAUAUGGCAUUAUCGCACUAAGUGCUGGAUAUCUUAAGUAUGGCAGCAUUGAAGUUAUCAGAAAUACAGUUAAUCGGGAAAUGGACACAAGAAGAAUGUUUGCUAUAUGGAGAGUUGAUCCUUUAUGGAAACCUGUCUCUAAAAAAGGAAUAGGAAAACGAAUGGGUGGUGGAAAAGGCAAUGUGCAUCAUUAUGCGACACCCGUAAAAGCUGGUAGAAUUGUUAUAGAAGUUGGGGGUAAAGCUGAAUAUGAAGAAGUUUUUCCCUUUCUUAAUCGAAUUGCUAAAAAAAUGCCAUUUGAUGCCAUACCCGUUAGUCAAGAAAUCUUAGAAGAGAUAGAACAAGAGGCGGAUGAUUUGCACAGGAAAAACAUAAAUCCAUUUAAUUUUAAAUAUGCUGUUGAAAAUGACAUACAAGCCUGUAACAUGUGGACAAGUCCAUGGGAUAAAGUACACUUUGAUGAAUACAUUUAAAUGUAUAACAUUUAGUAAAUAAAAACAAUUUAGUAUUUUA